AAGAAAAGCAAAACACUGAAAAGAAAAAUCAUAUUGUCGAAUAUGAUUGUUUUAUUGAAAACGACUGAAAUCCAUUUCUGAAAAUGACUAUAAUCCUGUACUUCCAACGAGACCUGUUUUGAGAAGAAAGAAAAAGAUGGCCAAAAUGUAUUGCGGUUGUCAACUGCGAAGGAAAACGCCGUCCAUGGAUGAUUUUCGAACAGAAUACGACUGACGAGAAAAUGUUUGGUCAGGCUUCAUGGAUUGCUGGAAUGUUGCCGGCACUGAUACUUACACUGAUGCCUCUUGCUUCUCCAGUGUUGAGGCAAGAGGAUGAAAAUCUUUGGAGGUAUUAUGCUGCGGUUACGAGGGUUAUGCGGAAGGUUGUCCAUCGGGUUUUCACACUUCUUCGCCCAGCAAAUAACCAAACAACAAAAGAACUCUUGCUUGCUCUUCCAAACUUUUCUAUUGAUAAAUAUAAGAAGCUCGGGGAAGCUGUGAGAAAUAGGCUGGACAACAACCACCCUACUGAGGAAUAUGACAUUACAUUGCUCUAUAUGUUGCUUCAAAAAGUGUGUGGCCUUACAGACCAGUGGUCAACUCCAGGAACACUGGAGAAUUUUCUCAAGAUAAUGAAGGAAAAGCGGAAUGAACUAGCUCAUGAAGAUCUUAGGUUUACUAGUCAAGAUCUAGAAAGCCGCAUAUUAUCACUGAAGAACCUAUGUCGGCAGGUCCUGUUGAUGACUAGUCAUCGAACAGGAUGUCUGCUAGAUAAUGAAAUAAGAGAGAUGGAGGAAGGCAUGGAGAAAGCAUUGACACAAGGGCUGGAUAUGUGGGAACCAUACAGAUUAGGCCUUAUUGAUCUUAAGCAACAAAAGUCCAAUAUAAUGGUCAGAGAAGGCAAAAAAGAAGUCAGAAAUCUGUCACAGAGGUUUCAUAUCCUCAAUCCCUUUGCAUGGCUAUUAGAAAGAGAUUUUUAUCAACAUACAGUAAGUGAUGUAUUUACAGAGUUGACUCUCAGGAGCCAAGAGACGGUGGAGAUGAAAAACUUGUUAGUUACAGAAUUACCUUCAGGAGGAAUUCCUGAAACUAUCAUAAUAUGUGGCCCACCAGGCAUUGGGAAGACCAGCUUCAUGAGGUUCAUUUUACAUGACUGGCUUUCUGGUGCCCCUAAACUCCAAGGUCUUGAUGCUUUUGAUCUACUAUUACUUAUAGAGGCUCGACAUGUCAUGAGUGAUAAUGUGUGUCAAUUGCUGAGACAUGAGUUGCUGCCGCAAACCUGCCAAUAUCUGAAAGAUGAUGAUAUUGUGUCAACACUACAAGAAUUAUCUGUGCUGUGGCUCUUAGAUGGUUAUGAUGAGGCAUCAAUGAAUACUAAACAAGUAAUAAAGGAAAUUAUAAGGAAAUUUUCAUGCUCCAAGAUAUUGAUUUCCACAAGAACUGAAUGUAGAAAGGAAGCUGAAAUGGCUGUCAGUGAUUUUCAUCUAAGUCAUAUAGUCUUUCAGGUUGUGGGGCUUUCCACUUGCAACAUUAAGGCUUGUGCUAGGAAACUUUUUGAUUUAUAUAUAACCAAGGAAGAUGAGCAGAAAGAAAAUCUGGAUUCGUUUUUAGGUUUUCUACAUAGACAAAAUCCAGAAAUGCAAGAUAUUUUCAGGGUUCCAUUAUUCCUAACAAUGUUAGCAGUAUUAUGGAUAGACAAUGCUUCUGAAAUAUCAAAGGCUACAACUUCUACAAAGCUCUUGAUGGUUCUUGUGGACCAUAUUACCAAAAAGAUGAUCACCAGACAGUCAUUUAAGAGGUCAGGUCUACGUGAUAGAAAUCUGAAAAAGAGAAUUGACUCAUUCCUUGAUGAUUUAGGAUAUGCCUUGUUAAAUGGUGUGCUUUUUUAUACCAACAGUGAAUCAGUUGAAUGGCUAGAGGAAAGAUGUGAGGGACUUGGACUACCCUUUGAAGAGACUAUGUCACCAUUCUUCACUUUUGUAGUAGAAUCAUCUGCAAGUACAACUAGAGAGACUUACUUCAUAAACCACAGGACAAUAGGGGAAUUCCUCAUUGCAAGAGUGUUCUGUAGAAAGAUGAUAUCCGAGGACUGGGAUGUAUUCACUACACUUGAAGAAUUCAAAAGAAUACAAUAUAUACAUUUACAAAAACAAAAAAAUCCAUAUACACCUUUCAGGGAUUUAUAUGAAAGGCAUGAACCUAAUCUCACUGUGCAUAAUCUAGUUGAUGAUAAUGAGGAAUAUUAUGAAAGUGAUGAUAUGAAAAAUUCUGCUUAUGGAUAUGAAAGAGUAUUUUCCCAUAUUGAUAUUUCUGAAACUCAGCUAGAUGCUUCACGAAGCUAUUGUUCAAGGCUGGCUUGUUUAGUUUUGAUGGUAAAAGUAUGCAGGUGUGGUGAAUUUAUCUCAGGUUAUUUGAAGAUUGAAAAUGAAGUUACUCCAAAGAGAGCAGAACAAAUAUACUAUAUUUACAGCUUGCUUGAUACUGGAGCAGAAGUAUGGCUUCGUCUUAUUACAGAAAUGGAAGAAGAUGAAAUAUUCUUAAAACAAAUCACACCUUACCUCAGGAUUUUCCAGUGGAAUGUUGAGCUCCGAAUCCAAGCUGACCAACAGUUACUAAAGUAUGCCACACCACAAAGUGUUUUAUUACAGUCUUCUGAUGAGUGGGAGCUUAGCCAUAUGCAAGAGUAUGUGCAGGUAUUUUCCAAGAUACCAACAGAUAUUAAUAUCCACUUUCGUGAUCUGUAUUACCACAAAGAAGAAAAUACUGCAGAUGUGUUACAGUGUCUGAAAAUUAUUUUUGCAGAAUGUGCGAGGUGUUACCUUACCACACUCUGCUGUCCAGUGGAUAAUGCAUGUGUGAACAUCCUCAAGAAGGCUUAUUACCUCCAGGAAUUACUUGUAAAGGUCAAUACACUUCAGGAUGCUAAAGAUCUUGCAAAAGUCACAUGUGAACUGCCACAACUUCAAUAUCUGGAAGUUGUAUUUGAUCCAGUAAUAAUGAGUGCAGAGCCAGAGACUUUGCCAACUUUUAAUGUGUUCCAGAAACAUAGGGAAUCAAAAGUAAGUAACUGUAGAAAGCAAAGAAAGUCAGAGCUUAAACAAAUGCUGAAUUUCAAACUUUUGCAAUUUAUGUCUUAUAAGUGGAAACUCCCAACAGGCCACUGCAAUUAUUUUUGUAUUCAAAGAGAAGAAAGUUCACAAAACUGUCUCAAGUGUCACCACAGUCCAUGCAGUCUUUUUGAUACAUGCAACCAUUUUGAUGCAAUAAAAUGGCAUUGUAGAAAUAUAAAGAUUUUGAAAAAGCUGCAUUUGAUCAUAAAUAAGAUUUUAUUAUUCACCAGAGGAAAAGAUCACAGCAAGAGCUUCAAUCCAUUUGUAAGGUGGUAUGAUGAGGAUGGUUUGUGGUGGUACCUACUGGUCCUCCAUGUAACUCGGGGAUUAUUGCGAGAACACAAGGAGAGCAUAGCAUUGCAUAACAGACUUCUAAAGUUCACCCAUACUUUCUUAAACAAAGUCAAAACAGUACCUAUCAAAUUAGUAUUUCCCGAAUCCUUGGCUUUUGAUCCUGUAAAGUUUGGUGCUGCAGUGGCUAAGCUUUGUCCAAACCCACAAAGUGUAGUCAUUGCUGGGGCUACACAACAAUUGCACUGUUUUAAGACAUCACUGAUGAUAUUUUGGAUAUAUUUUUCAUUGUCAAAUGUUGAUGAGAUUCACUUAGUCAACUUUGACAAUGAUUCUGAAGAUUAUAGAAUUGAUGAAUUCAUGGGUAUAUAUCAGAUAAUGAGUAAAUUUGCACCCUCUAUAAAUUACACAACUACGAGCUUUGGGAAAGGGACACACUUCACUUAAAUGAAUGAUAUAUUAGACUUAUAGAACUUGUAUUGUGUUGUCUUGUAUUACAGAAAUGAGAAUAGAUUUGCUAAUUUCAUUUACUCACACACACACACACACACACACACACACACACACACACACACACACACACACACACACACACACACACACACACACACACACAC